AUGGCUGUCGCUGGUGUCGCCAAACCUGGUCUGCACGUUGGGCAGAAGGUGCUUCUCCUGUACGGGGACGAGCCGAACCUCUGGCACGAGGCGAGCAUCCUCCGGAAGAGCUCCGAGACGUGCUACAGGAGGAUCCACGGCGAGGACCCUUCAGUGAACAGUUGGCUCUGGUGGAUUCUGACAGUGGACGGCGACGUGUACCCGCAGGAUCUCUCCGUGCCCGGGGACCUGCAGGCCCUUCGGCUGCUUGACGCCGGAGGGGAGGUGACUGGAACGAUGUAUGGGCGAGGCCCCGACGUGGUGUCUCGGUAUGGCUUUGGGGCAGGUCGGCGGGAAGGCCCUCUCGAUGUGCCUCUCUUUCUCCGUGCCAAGGCUGUGACCGACGAGGAGGAGCGCAAGGAAGGUGGCCAUGGGGACGCUCUCGUGUCGAAGUCGCCUCCUCCCGCUGCGAGUGGGAAGAUCUGGCGGAUAGCCUUUUCAUCAGAUCAAUAUUUCAGUCGUGGUGCCGAAUAUCCGUCUGGAGUCGAGGGCCACCAGUUCACUCUCGUGAAGCAGGGCGAUAAUGACGCCAUGAUGGUGGUUACUCCUGAAGGGGGUCCUGCAGUGCUACUCCGCCACCGCCGACUCGAUCGACGAGGACGCCGACACCUGGACCCUCCCAGUGGUGUGGCGGAACAACGCCCGCCGCCGUCGCUUUGUGGGGGCCGUCGACCUGAUGCAGCAUCACGACUACGGCGACUCCCCUCUAGAGGGGGAGGCUUCAAUUCUUUACAGCGAGUCAGGUUUUUCAUUCGUCACGGCUGA